AUGGCGGCGGAAGCAUUCCUCAAGCUAGAUCAGAAUGCACACAGGCUGAUCUUUGACAAGGCUGGGGUCUCCAUAGCCACGGUCAAGGAGGUCUGCAAGGAUUGGCUGCUGGUGGGGAGGCGCAUCUGCCGGAAGCUGACGUUGACUGGGAAUGAGGUCAUUCCUAGGGAUGGAACAGCGGGGGUCCUGAGCUGCCUGCAAGAUGUGAAGACCCUGGUCAUAGAGAAAGGCUUCUUCCGCAGAGGAUCCAAGCUGCGCCAGAGCACGUUGAAAAGCAUCGUAGCUGGAGUGUCGUACAGGCAUGUGCAGAUAACCAGCCCCCCACUCAAGACCUGUCCUGGGCUAGUUGCGACCCUUCACAAACACCUCAAGAUGGACAGGCUGAAAUCCUUUUGUCUGUCUGCCCCGCGCAUCCCGAAAGUGCUGCUGGCCUUCCUGAUCAGUCAAGGGAGGUCCCUUCCCAUGCUGUCGUACCUGAGCGUGGAGGUGUCCGGAGAGGUGGACUGGGCUGGUCUGAAAGGACUCAAAGAGCUGCAGCAGCUCUACGUCGCGAUCAAAGGCUCCCACCCGUCCGAAGGAGGCCUGUUCGAGACUCUGGAAGACAUGAAGGGCGUGACCGUGGUGGAUGUGAAAAAAUUAGGGUCAGACUGGGGUGAGGAUCGGAAUGCCAGCACCGUGGUCUCCGCACAGACCUUGGCACUAGCGUUUGCCGGGCGUGACAUGCUAGAAGUAGACAUUAUGACAGGUAGUGCGGGUGUAGGAACCGUGGUCACGGAUGGCUUGCUGGCAGCCAUGUCGGGAACGAUCAGACACCUGGUCAUCGACAUAGCCAACCUACACAUGGCCGCGGAUGCGGGCAGCCCCCACCCCAUUACCGGGUGCACUGGUUACGACCUAGACAAGGCGUUGCGAUCGAGGAGGGUCUAUAGUAUCUCUCUACGGUUGGGCAGGGAGUGCGGACCGUUGGAUGAAUGUGUCUGCCCUUCGGACUUGUUGGAGGUAUUGGUGAGGGAGAGCGGGGCACGAUUCGUCUUGUCCGACGCACUUGUGACUGCUUACGUUGGCAUGAAGGAGGAGGAUUUUAGAGCUCGUCUUGGAGAUAAUCCUAACGCGCUCCGUAUAGAAGCUAUGAAGAAAGCAGAUAUGCUGCGCUCAGCCUGUCAGGUUGCAAAGGUCUCGUUGCUGUGGCUCCCAAGGUCAGGGUCUCGAAACUCUAACCGAGACUUGGUGAGAGCAUUCGGGGGGCACUGGAUAGAUCCUAGCUCCAUAUGA